CUUCCCCAGAUUAUGGCCCUCGUUCAGAAUGAGCUUAGCGAGCCCUAUGUCAUCUACACUUUUCGCUACUUUCUCCAUCAGUGGUCAGCAUACCCCAGCGACCCAAUGAGUUCAGACCCAAUAGGCGUCAUCGUAUGCAAGCAGAGUAUGCAUAAGGAUCUCACGAACAGGGGAUACAUCGCUAUGCUUAGCGUUGACAAGGGUUGGCGAAAACGUGGUAUAGCUAGUGCACUCGUUCGAAACUCCAUUGAAGCGAUGAAAUCUGAUGGCGUGGAAGAGAUCGUUCUCGAAACCGAGUUCGACAAUUACGCGGCGCUUUCCCUAUACGAAUCCCUCGGCUUUAUCCGCGAGAAGAGGCUUUUCCGAUUCUAUCUCAACGGCAAGGACGCUUUUCGGUUGAUUCUC